UUUUAGAAAGUGUGGCCUGAAGUUACAUAGUGUGGCCAGAGAUAGAGAGAGCGAGAGAGAUUAUUAUAAUCUAAUGAGUACAUAAGCGUACGUAAACAACGAUAAAAAUAAGCCGCUAGAAAUUGCACGUUGGACGCGUCUUCAUUUUCUACGUGAGAGUGGCUCGAUCAGUGUCAUUGUCGCCGGAAAGGUGGUGUCUGAGAUCUUAUAUGAGGUAGGCAGCUAAACCACAGCUAAGCCGAGCAUGAUGGGAUACCUAUACUUGCUGCCGCUGUCUGUCUCCAUUCUGGUACCAUUCACCUUUAUAAUCUCGUAUGUUAUAGCGAUAGCACGGGGAGAUGUGGAACCUGCAUUUCCAUACAUCAGUGACACUGGGACAGAACCUCCGGAGAGCUGCAUCUUCGGUCAACUACUCAACAUUAGUGCCGUACUGAUUGGGCUGUCGGUGUACGUGCGAUAUCGGCAAACGAUAGAGUACCACAGAGAGGGUCCACGUGCUCUCCUUCGCCUCAACAAGAUAUCGCUCGUGCUGGGCGUUGUUGCGGCGUUGGGAGUCAGCUUGGUCGCAAACUUUCAGUUGGUUUUUUUGAAAAAUAAAGCGAACAUAGCUGGAAUGUUAUCUAUGAAGAAAUUCACUGGAGACGACAUGACCAAGUGGUAUCCGGAAGACGGGGGAUGGCCUGAGCAUCUAGUCAGCACAGCCUGCGAGUGGGUGAUGGCCAUUUCUUUCAUCCUGUACUUUGCAACGUACAUUCUCGAGUUCCGCAAGAUUGAGAUGACAGAGAUCCAGGUCUACAUCGUGGAGGAGAUGCAGCCUCUGCCGAUCAAGGAGCCGGAUCACCAAGAUAGCUACGGCUCCAUCGCGUAGCUAGCCGCGCCCGAGCCGCGACGCGAGCUGGCAACGCGAUGGCAACAUGCUGGCAAUGUGCCGUGCUGGCAAUGUACUGGCAAUGUGCUGGCAACAAAGGCUGGCAAUGUGGAUUGGCAAUGCGGGCUGCUAGCUAUCACUGUGAACUGGCAACGUGCACUGGCAAUGUGGAACUGGCAACAUGAACUGGCUAUCUUAGCUGGCAACAUGCACUGGCAUGAUGGACGCACAAUUUGAGGUGCCAGUAUGGACUGGCAACAUGAUGGAAUGGCAAUGUGGAAUUGCAACAUAAACUGGCAACAUGGACUGGUAACAUGGCCUGGAACCAUGGGCUGGCAACAUAAUGGACUGGCAAUAGU